CGGUACAGUACGGUACUCGUGCUGUAAGCACCGUAUUAGUAGCGGGUUAUUGAGAAAUCGUUGUUGACAACAAAAUAAUGGAUGCAGUUGCCAUUUUGGGUAGAAAGCGACCCUUCCUCUAUUUUCAAAGUUUAGUUUCCCGCAGUGAUUUAUGAUCUGUAAACAACAACCAGAAGCAGGGGUACCAAUCAAAAGCGUGGUUGAAUUUGAUUGAUUGAUUUGAGGAACGAUCGAGAACGAGCUCAUUCUUUGCAUGCAUUCCGUCCCCUCCUGACUCUGCUAUAUUUAGCCAUUUGUCGAAUCCAUACGGUAUUUAUUGAGUCUGUCACUUGAGAUUUUGCUUUGCUUCUUUCGCGAUAUACCAUUACCAUAUCGACCUCUAGCGGAUCUCAACGACCGUGUAAAGGAAUCGAAUCGAAACGAGUCGACAGGGAUUGAGGAGUUUCGGGUUGGAUUAGACCCGCAUCCACCAGGGAACGGAAGAUGGACGAUACGAGAAAGAAGAGCGACGAGUCCCCCAACAAUGGUACCAAUGAAAACAAUAACAGUGCCACUGGCAGCAGAGCAAGAACGAGACACAACCACGACGAUCUUCCGCCAUCUCCCACCAAAACACUGACCUCAGCAAAAUCAGCAUCGAUAGGCACUGCCUCUCUUCGUUCAUUAAAAUCUCGGAGUGUGGCUUCGCCGUACAUGAAAUCGUGGGAAUUAUUGAACAAGAACACGCAGGAAGAUGGCCCGUUUCACGACAAUAAAGACGUUUGCAAGAAGAUCCACCGAAACCAGACCCUCUCCUGGAAAAACAGGGAGAAUCAUCGCGGUGCUGCCCUCAAGCCAGCCAGCGACUCUCUUUUGACGACGAUGAGGUCAGACUUUUCGUCUCCGCCACAACCGACUAAUGGAUUUCUUUCUACUGCAGCGUCAUUAAAAACCACAGGAGCGGCGUCUGCUUCCGGAGUAUCUUCUAAGACCUCAUCGAUUUACGGAACCGAGAACACCCGGCGAAGUCUAGAGGACGAUGAUCCCUCUGAUUCCAUGGCUAAUAUAUUGGAUCACCUGACGUUGUCGGGGGGGAACUCUUCGACACAUGCGUCCGUUGAUGCCUUCGAUAUGAGGAUGGCUUCGGGAAUGGGAAAAAUGAUUUGGCCCCCGGGGAUGAAAAACACCUCCAGCCUGGAUCGGUAUAGCAACACCAGUCCGAAUGCGUUCUCACCAAGAAACACAUUCCAUCUGCCCAAUCACCAACGCUUUGCGUCAUACAAUGACACACGAACGGAAUCGUAUCUGGACCAUGCUCCUACUUCAAUGACUCGCAACUCUUCGCUGAGAUUACAACCACACCAACGAUCGCAGUCUUCGUCGUAUUAUCAGUUUCCCACACCGAAUGAGUUUAGUCCCGGCGCCGGUGAGGACGAGCGGGAUUCGAACCAUUCCCACCAAGCACAAAGAAAGUCGGGGUCGAAAGCGAAACCAAAAAAUGAUGAGGAUUACAAUUACAACGACCAUAUUGUCAACGGUACGAGAAACAUUGAUUCCAUUCUCAAAACGAUCAUCAAUCACAGCGACGAAGACCAGAACGGGGACGACGAUGACGAUGACGACGACGACGGUGUUGUUCACCGCACACCACAUGCCGCGGCUGCAACAAAACCAGACGACUUCAUGCGGUCCGCAAAGAGCCGUCUGAAAGUUCUCAUGUCGGCGCUCGUGGCGUCGGCGGUGUCGAGAACCGACGCCUACGAAAUAAACGACACCCACGUGCGAAACCUCAUGGACUCUUGCAAACAAGACCAGGAAACGCUGCAGGGAGAACUGCGAAAAGUAUUGGAAGAAGACGCUGAUGCCACGGGCCGCAUACAAGAGCUCUUCGAACUCAACGAAGAGAUUUUGGCAGCAAUGGAAGCGGGAAAGGAUGCGCUGCAGCGCGAGAUGGAACGAUCCAACCGGAAAAAGGCCGCGGAAGGCCUUACCAUAUCUCUAUUGGAAGAGAACAGAGACGUCUUUAGUUUAAUUUGCAUGCUGCGAGCUUCGUAUGAAAAACGAAAGCAGGCGGCUCUAGCCCUAAUGAAAUUUGCAAAGGACGACCAGGUACUGAGGGACGAGAUCAUAUCGUCCGGGGGCAUCCAUUCCUUUCUGACGUUGUUUCAGCAGACCAGGGGCAUGACCCGCGAGCUUAAAGUGGUCGCGAGCUUGGCUGUUGCGUAUGUGCUGCCGUCAUAUGUUGUAUCUUGUCAAACUACACCUUCAAUCGGACUCAAACUCGUAAAAUGCCUUCAUUAUCUGGCCACGUCAAUAUCGGUGUCUCCUAGCGGGCAAGUCAUCACAAAAGAAGAGAUGUGCAAGGCGGCUUCUGUUGGUGUGAAUCUUUUGUGGGUGAAUUCUAUCCAGCCUUUAAUUGCAAUAGAGAAAGUAAAGAACGAGUUCAGCUCGUCCCCUCCGUCCCUUCGUCCCGGAAAAUCAGUUCGCUACGGACGACUUCGAUCCAGAACAGGGUGAGUUUGGUGGUAAAAAAUGCCUAUUUUGCUCGUGGCUGAGGCUUGUUCUCUCACUCACACACUUUUUCCUCGUUUCUGAACUGCAUUGGCAUACUGCACACAGUGGCGGGGKUUUUGAUCAAGGGCACGAGUCGAUACAAGUGCAAGAACUUACAGAGCUGGCCGUUACACUGAUAGCUCACCUAGCCAAACUGACAGAAUCAGGAGAAGUGAGAAUCGAUACUGGAUACAACAUUGUCGAGCAGGUGUGUGAGGUUGACGAAGCGAGGCCAAUUGCAGUGCGUGAGGGCUUGCUUGCUAUAUUUGUGGAAUGGAUUCGAUCGGGGGUAAUCGAUAAAGUGAGACCAGCCGCUUCGGCGUUGCGCUAUCUAAUUGCAAUCCAGGACAAGUACAUGGCAGGUUGGAUUCAUUCACAGGUCGUGAACGAAGGAGCCGUCAACGAGAUUGUGAAACUUCUAAAUGAAUCCGUUGGCCAAGAUGUUCGUCUUGCGGUCACAGAAAUGCUGUCGUACCUUUGUGUCGCACCGCAUACGAGGGCUGCGGUCGUUGACUCCAAUGGAGUGAACUAUCUUGUUUCUCUUCUAUUUGAGCACUCUGCACCCGAUAUGGAAGACAUAGUUUUGUUUGCAUGUACUGCACUACUACAACUUGCCGCCGGUGCUAUCACUGGAGCAAGCCCACAGUAUAGUGACAACAUAUCGAAACACACGCAUGUCGUCAAGUAAGUACAGAUGAAUUUCAAUGUACUUGCAUAGAAGUACACAAGUUUGGUGAUUCUAACUCACCCUUAAUCAUCAUCUUUCUAUCGAUAUCAUCAGUGACAUCAUAAAUGGCUGUGCGCACGGAUCAUUUGUACAGAUCGCUCUCGAACACGAGGGGAAACUCAGAUCGAUUUCUGUAGAAGCGUUGAGAGUUCUAAGCGAAGACACCGACUCAUAUCGUCAGACUCGAUCACAGCUCUGCAGUGUAGGCGCCACGGAAACGCUUGGAUUGACAAUCAAAGAGAACGCAUCAAUCAUCGAGCUUUUAUCGAACUCUGAUGGUUCGCACAGAUACAUAACAAAUGCACCCAUCGGAGACUUAGCGAAUGAAGGUACGCAAGUAACAAUGGUGAAAGACAUUUAUAGAGCUCUUCGUGCCUUGGCAAACAUAUUGGAGCCACAGAGAGAGUCGAAAAAAUCAAAAAAUAUGUUACGAAUGGAUCCUGAUAUAAAACCUAAUGAGCUUCUUGUGAAAGGUUGUCUUGACCUUGCAUCGAGUGGUGGCCUUCCAGGGAUCCUACAGGUAUCCGCCUUGUCGAUAACUCCCUCUUUUCUCGAGAACAGCAAAAUGAUUACACUCGAUCGAAUAGAUCUUGUUGAAGAGUCUUGCCGGUUCCUAGCAAAUUUAUCUCCUCUGCUUUUGUCGGAAACUGCAGCACCGGGUGUGGCUAACUGGGCGAUUGAUGUCUUUGAAGCCUUAGACGGUAUUCUCAAUCGGACAAACGAAGGGGAUGGCAAUAUCGUGUCAAAUAUUUUAACUGAGUUACAAAUUGAUGCUCUCUUGGGAAUUGGGGCUCUCGCCGUCUAUGAGCCACUCAAAAUCAGAAUUGUAAAUCAAAUGUUGCCGAAACUGCUGCUGUUCAAGAAUAUGGGAGAAGAGCGGAUUGACAUUGCAACAGCUGCGAAUCAAGUAUUGCUCUCGAUGGGAUUUAUUGAAGACGAAAUCACGGUUCAAGUAGCUGGUAACAACCCGCAGUUUCUCGUCGAUUUGUUUUGUUUGCAGCGGGCCCUACUCCUACAAGCGAUGGCGCGUGCUGAGAUUCGGACAAAGGUUUUAGAGUUGUGGGAAUUACCUCUCAGUGAGACGGAUCGCAAAUCUCAAACCCAAUUAGAGUCAUAUAGUAGCGACGAAAGGAGCAUGGAUUCGCGAGAUGAUCCAGUUUCUAAGGAUCUGUUUGAGAGUUUCACAAGCGACUAUGAUUCACGCGACGCAAGGGUCAAAUUCCUUCGCCAAUAUCUUGACGUCUAUGAAUCUAGUAAUAGACUAAGGAAUUAUGGCACACACAGUGCUGAGCAGACAUCCGAUGAGGGCAAAAAUAUGAUGGCUUCCCACGUAUUUCCCCUCAAUGAUGCCCGAGAAGAAAAGGAUUGGGUUCUUAGUCAUUAUCAUGCAAUGGAGGCAAGCAACGAGUCGCAGAAGUUUAGCAUUUCCGGAAAUAUUCCGCAACGCGUGGAAAAACUUCUUGAUUCCUGCUUCCCAUCAAAGAUUCUGCGGAACUAUAUUGUACCUAUCAACGAUUUUCUCCCUUCGUCAAGCUUUAAUUUUCGGGCCUUUAUGAUGCCAAAAAGAAGAUAUUUCUCUUUCAGGCGAGAGGGUGAGCUUUUGGCUCGUCUUCGUGACAAACAUGGAUCUGGAAUUGAUUCCAACGAUGUUCACUGGACACUGGGAUUCACAAACAGCACAUUUGCUGGUGAAUUUGUAGAAUCUCUUGUUCAGACAUUGUACAAGCACCCUAUGAUCACGGGGCUUUCUUUCGUUAGAAAUUCGGAAUGGAUGGCGAUGCGAGAUGCUGAAAAACAAAAAGAUGCAGACGACGGUGGCGGGCUACUCGCUAAUCUUACUGGGUCUCUUCCGCCCUGGGUUUCGCAUUUGACGUUUGACAACAUGCUAAAUGAUCGUGAUUUGAGGGCACUAGUUGCAAUUCUAGAUACGAUUGGAAAAUUAUCAUCAGGGCAAGAAUUUGAUGAUGAGAUAUCACAAGUGUCAACGCAAGGAAAUUUUAUCUGCAUGAGCAUUCGGAAUUCACUGCAAAUAAAAAGUGACUCUUGGAAAUCCUUCUUUCAGUUGCUGGGUGGAAUGGGACACAUACAACGGAAUCCUAUGUCAGCGCCACUAUCGACCUUGAAAAUUUUGGAUCUUUCUGGUAAUAACCUCGGGGAUGAGGUAGCUGCCAUGGUGCUCGAACUUGUUCAUGAUAAGUAUUCUGGAUGCAGUAUAGAGCAGCUAGAUUUGACAGGAAAUCAAAUUGGAGAAGGAACGAAUGUCGCACGAGUUUUAAGGGCUUACACUGAAUACUACCGAUACAACCAUAAAACGGGAGUGAAAAUGAUGCGUAACAGUUGGCAGUCGUCGUUACACACGCUGAUUCUCGCCAAUAACGAUUUGUCCUCAGGACAUGCUGUUCUGGAAAUUUUUGCCCUCCUUAAACACGAUGCUCUUUGUCUGCGAUAUUUGGAUAUUUCCGAGAAUGGCCUAGAAAGCGACUCCUAUCAGUUACUGGCAUCGUGUCUUCUGAAGAAUACAUCACUACGACACUUGAAUCUAUCCGGCAAUAGAUUCAACACUACUCUCAUUGAUCUCCUUCUUGACGAACUCAAUGGUAGAGAUGCUGAAAGCAGCUUAUUGUUCCUUCUCUUUCAGAAUAAUUGUCCACCGUUGACUUCGUAUCAAAAUGAAAAAAUUGCUGAUUUUCUACGGAAAUCUCGGAAGAAUGGUAUUGAGAAGUAUAUGGCGGAAAGACAGAGGAAAGCAGUUGUCGGAACUGCUGAGACGCAGUUUGCCGCUGAAAGCAAAGGAGGAGACCAUGAUUUGAUCKAGGAAGAAACGAAAACCGUACUUUCUAAAAGUUCUUACCCUGGAGCCCAAGAAUCAUCCCUAGGAUCGAACGACCCGGGUGAGAAUCAGAUCACUGUGUUAUUUUCUGCGCCUCUUGUGUUUGCUGAUAGCGAAAAUAAGUUACAUCCGUUUGCCAAACUAGACUUUGGAAUGGAGCGAGAGCUUUUGUGGCAGUGUAUGAAAGAAGCCUCUCGAGACAUCGACAUGAGCUUUGAUAAUGCACAUCAUUUUCGCCUUCUAGCAACUUUGACCAGACGCUGCAGUGUUCUUCACUAUUCAGGUCACGGUCAUCAAUCAUUUUUGCCUUUCGAAGACGGAAUGGGAGGUCCAAAUUGGCUGAGUGUACAGGACAUCAAGGAACUUAUUUUACAGGACGGAGUUGUCCCCUUCAAAUUUGUUUUUGUAUCUGCAUGCCAUUCGGGAUUGGCUGGUGAAACUUUUGCGUCAGCAGGAGUACCCCAUGUUGUUUGUUGCAAGCAGGAAUCCGAACUCAAGGAUACAGCUGCACUCGCGUUCACAAGGUCAUUCUAUUUAGCUCUACUCGUGGGUCACACCGUGAAGGAAUCUUUCGAUCAAGGUUGCAAAGCUGUUCGAGCAACACCUAAUUUAUUGGAUUCAGACGAAGAAAUGAAGAAAUUUGUACUGCUUCCUAAGGAUGGAGACCACAAUAAGCCAGUGUUCCGUGCAAAGUCAAUAAGAGAAUGGCCGAAACAGCCUCGAAGUCAGGGUUCGGUCACUUCUAGAUCAUCUCGUCGACGAGGUAGUCGUGGAAGCCAUGGGAACGUAGGAUUGGCGUUGGGAAUCAAGAGCUCAGAAUUGAGCGUUCGGAAUAUGAUGCAAGAAGAUCCUUCUCCAACCCCCCCACAAUUCUUUUUGGGGAGAGAAAUGGAUUUAUAUUAUGUCCUUUCGGCUCUACUCAAAUUGAACAAACGACUAGUUUCUGUGUUGGGUGAUACCGGUAUCGGUAGAUCGUCACUUGUUUGUGCUCUCUGUCAUUACAUCAAUGAACGAGCAAGUACGAUAUCAGAGAUUCAACAAAUUUAUUUCAUUAAGCCCAAGCAAGGAGAUAGAAAUGUCUUGUGUCGCUCCCUGGUCCGUCAGCUUUUGGAAAAGCUGCAAGAAAAUGGCAAACCUACAGACGAAGACAUAGACACCGAAGCCAUGCUCGAAGUCAUAUGCAAAACACUCAAGAACGACAAAUGUUUGAUUAUUUUUGACCGCACAGAGCUUAUCAAAUCAUCGGAUGUUGAAAGCAUGGAAUUGCCUAAAAUUCUGAGCACUAUUUUGUACAACACAAAGCAGGUCAGGGUCGUCAUCACUGCCCAUGACUCCUUGGGACAACCCGCUAUUGGUGGCCAGGUUGAGCAUUCAUACAGCUUGGGUCCACUCACUUUUUCGAACACCGUCAAACUGUUUGCAAAACUCUGCCCCCAUUUGUAUACACCUGGUGAGCGUGGCAUGCUCGUCAAAGAGCUAGUACAGAACGACGAAGACCAAAUGCAUCUAUUACCCAACGAUCUGAAGCUGAAGAAACGCACUGCUAGUAUUUUGUCAGCCAUCGGAGAUGGGAUCCCAGCUAAGAUCGAAAGGGCUGCGUACAGUAUUUCCCGAGAAGAUCUUAAAAAUCUUGAACUUGCACACAGAAUCUCAGAAAGUCGUACAGAUGAGGACAACCAAGACUAGUGUUCCUGCACGCACUUAACUUACUCCUGUGCUCCGUAGGCUAGGAUUUUCGUACUACAGUGCCCGGAAGAAACAAUUGAAAGAUGAAAUAUCCUAAUCCACUAUUACGA